GAGACAAAGCGGAAGUUGCAUCGGUUCAGGACUCCGGAUGGAUGCAUGUCCGGCGCAGUGAUCCGAGGCCUCGCAUAUUGAAUAAUAAACGCCUUCGGUUGCUGGGGUCACAAAGCAAAGGACAGAAGCAGCUUCCAGUCUAAAGGUAGAGCUGCCAACCCUCCAGGAUUGUUCUGGAGUCUCCAAGAAUUAAAGCUUCAUCUCCUGGAUAAUUGCUUCCAGCAUUCCAGGAAAAUCCAUUGGGACACCAACAAAACGUUGUGUGCAGUUUUCAUUUUCUUUGUCCCCAAGUGUAUGUCCAAUAGUCAAGGACCAUUCAAUUGGCUAAUGAGGCUGUGUUUGCCUGCAGUGAGGAUUCUUCAGUCUGAUUUGUUUGAAGAGGCAUGCUCGCUCUUGGCCUGCUCUGACAAACAGCAGAUCCCGUCUGAAAAGCGCCAUGCUGUUUUGGACACCUGAUGAUACUAACUUGCUAUUCAGAAGUUCACAAAGUCUGUGGACAGCUUGUGUAACCACGAUCUGUGUUGGUUGAAUUAAGGGUGACUGAGGAUGAGGCCUCGGUUGCUGACCUGGGAUGUUAAGGACACUCUGCUCCGAGUGCGUCACACAGUUGGAGAGCAGUACUCCUUGGAGGCCAAGCUGCAUGGGAUCCGGGUGGAGGCUGAGGCCCUCAACAGUUCAUUCCUGGCUGCCAUGCAAACACAGAAUAAGCUGUUCCCCAACUACGGUCUAGGCCAGGGCCUGAGCUCCCAGCAGUGGUGGAUGGAAAUAGUCAAACGGACCUUUCGGCUCUGCGGGGUGAGUGAUGAGCGGGUACUGUCCCCAAUGGCAGAGAACCUGUAUCAAGGGUUCAGCAGCGCGAGGAACUGGGAGGUGUUUAAUGAUGUGAAAGACACCCUGAUUCACUGUGACAGACUGGGAAUCUGCAUGGGGGUGAUUUCUAACUUUGACCGCCGCCUGGAGAAGAUUUUGGCUAACUGCAGUCUGCGGCAGCAUUUCCAGUUCGUGUUGACUUCAGAGGAUGUAGGAAUAGGCAAGCCAGACCAUCGAAUCUUUAUUAAGGCCUUGGGCCUUGCCCAAGUGGAGCCUGAACAGGCCACGCACAUAGGUGAUGAUGUGUGGAAUGAUUAUCUGGCAGCCAGGGCUGUGGGGAUGGAGAGUUACCUGAUCUGCAGAGAGAAGGAGCAGCCUGCCAGGGCUGAGGGACUGGUGCCCAAGGAUCACAUUCUUCACUCCCUGCAGCAGCUGAACAGCCUCCUGAAAUGAACGCUUUACUGCGUACGGCCCCAAACUCUUAGUGCUCUCAUUAAAUGUAACACAGGAAAUUGGUGUUUUUCACUGAGGAACAAUCAGAAUUCUAGUAGGCAUCAUUGUAUUUGGGUGAGAUUUGCUUUAUCCCUUAUUGGGGGAGCUAGAGGUUGUGAAUUGGUGAAUUACUGUAAUUUUGAGUGAUAUACAGAGUGAUCUGUGGAUACCCCCACUAGGUGUCAUCUCUGAAUAGCCAUGCAAGAAGAAUUCUGGAGUGUUGUACAAAGUAUAAACCGAUUGGAAAAGCCCAGCAUUUUCCAGAUGUAUCUUAUAAUAACAAUAGCAUUAUUUUCAAAGAGGAGCUCAAUGAUUAACAUUUCACUGCAGGUGAUUUGGGAAUAUUUUAUUCAGGAUUUCUAAAAUAAACAUUUUUUCCCCUUUGA